AUGAACUAUUUAACUAAUGCAUUUUACAGAAUAAAAAAUUAUUUCUUCAGUGAUAACAAUAACAAUAAUAACAAUAAUAACAAUAAUGAAAGAAAUACCUGCACACAACACACUAAUUUAAUAAAUAAUUUUUCCAACAAUAAUAUUAAUAAUAAUAAUAAUAUUUAUACACCUUUUAAUAGAUCCACAGACGUUACCAACCUAUCCCCGACAAGCUCAUCAUCCAAAACUAAUUCAAAUUAA